AUGUAUUCAAGACCCACCUCCCACCAGCUGGUCCCCACCAGCUUCCCCAGCUCCUCUGGCCUCCACGCUGUCACCAGGCCCGACGACCUCCUCAGAGCCUUUUGGAUCACACUCAACCCUGAGUGCUGCCAGGCCACAAGAGCCCUCGCCUCCCCUAAAACGCGCUGCAGCCCGGCCAUAUGCGCUUGUUCCUCCUUCACCACAGCCCCAUGGGCCCACGGCCUCCUCUCCACCACCAUUUGCCUCCAGCCUGGCUGGACUUCCGCGUGGCUCCACAACACACCCCGGCCCCCACAGCUCCCCUCCAUACCAGAAGCGGCCGCCGGCUCCAACCAUGGUGAUCUCUGGACUUGGGCGCUCCGGCGAGCCCACUGGGACCUCUCCUGGUGGAAGGAGGCUGCCACCACGUGGGGCCUCUCUACCUGCUCACACGGCAAAUUCCAGCAACAGUAUCUUCCCGACCACCCGCCAGAGGCUUCUUUCUGGGGAGACCCCACACCCAGGCAGACGGAGGCAGGUGAGUGCACAUUCAUCUACCCUGACAUGCAGAAGCUGCUGGAGACUCUCAUCACCAAGAAGGCAGUGAUGAAGCUGAGGCAGGAGAAAGAAGGGAAGGGGGCCGACUGCCCGCAGAUGACACCACUGCGGAAGGAGUGGGACGCCAUGACUCCUGAUCCCUUCUGGAACCAGACAGCCCAACCACAGCAGCCGCCCAGUCCGCAGCAGGUCUCUGAUGCCACGGCCAUGGGGGACCACUUUCAGCAGAAAAGCCCCCCUUUCAACAGCGAGUCCCUGGUGGCCGCGGCCUUGGUUUCGAAGGAGGCUUCCUCAGGAAACAGAACACUGGUGGUGAGGAAGGAGUGCCAUCCACCAGGAGCAGUCCUGUGGCUUGCUGGGCAGAUUCUGGCCACCUGGAGACCUGCUGCCGCCCCAGGGGGAAUUCCUAGGGAGUCCGCAGCAUCAGGCAGAAGACACGCAGGGGGCCCGCCUGCCCUCCCAAAUUCGGGAAGCAUUCAGGUGGAUCUGAGGAGAUCAGGGGCUCUGGGGACCACUAAUAACCCCUCAGUGUCCACAGUCUGUGUUCCUGAGAAUCCAGGGCAGCUGUGCCUGAAAGCACAGGUGGUCAGUGAGAUCGAGCUCAUAGUGCAGGUGGAUCCAGAGGAGCAGCUGCCAGGCCAUGCCUCUGGCAUCCUCCUCCAGGACAGUGCCGCAGGCCUGUGCCUUCGCCGUCACGUGGACAUGCUCCCCACCACAGACAUGCUACCUGCUCAGGCCCCUCUGUCCACCUCUCAGAGUGUGUCUAGUAAGAACACCACAGCUUCCCAGGGGCCACGUGACCUCCUAUGGAUGGGAGGGAAAGGCCCGGGGCAGCAGGAGCCUGGGAGCCCAAAAGUGAAGGCCCCACAGAAGAGUCAGAAGGUGGUAGGCUCUGCAGACAAUGGCAAGGCCCACAGGAGGCCCAGACCAGAGGAGCCGGGACACGGGACCAAGAGACCCAGGACCUCAGAAGCCAGUGGGAGGAGCCACCCUACCCACGCCAGGGAAAUAGGAGACAAACAGGAAAGGAAAUAUGUCCAUCCUCAGCCAGAGAAGGGACAGGCACCACCAGAAAGCAACUUCUGGAGACAGAUCAGCCACCCUCUGCAGGGUGUACCCCCCAGGAAAAAAGGCGCAGGGCAGGAAGACGUCCUGCAGAAAGGCAGUCCUGGGGCAGCUGGUGUCGAGAGUCGCGGGUCUGGCCCAGCAAGGUUGUUCAUGGACAGCAUGGCUGAUGAGGCCUGGGCCAUCAUCAGAGCUGUGGGACAAAUCCUGGCGGACAAACUGGGGCGUCGGCAGGGACGUGGUCCCUCAGAGGUCAAUCGCCACAAAGGUGACCUCCAUUCCCAGGAUAAUGUGCAUUCCUGCUGCCACAGGGGUUACUGCCACCAAGAACACAGCAGAGAGAUGCACGUUCUGACCUGCUGCCCCAAAGCCACCCCCAAGGGCCAUGACUGUCAUGUCAAAAAUAGAGGCAGCAGAGACAGCAAUUGGACCCCACGUCCCAAGGAGCCUGUGUCCCCAGCUGGUCACCACCACCACAGGCCACGGGUGGCAAGCACCUCGGGCGGCCCCAUCCACAGCCGCAGGAACUGAGGUCCUCCUGAA